CCAAGCUUUCCUUUCCUUUCUCGGACGGGAACUGACAAUGCAGAGAGCUCCACGAAAGAGGAAGCUCCUCCGGUCACCGCCGAGCUCGGCCUCCUCGGAGAAAUCGGUCAAAGUCAAACCCGCCAACUGCACGAAUGCAGCUCCCUGCAACGCAGAGCCCUACCCGGACAACACGCGGCCCAGCUCGGCGGAGUGCCGGGCAGUCCGGGACGACCUCCUAGCCCUCCAUGGUUUCCCCCCGGAGUUUGCCAAGUACCGCAGGUGGAGGCAGCUCAAUGGGGUCCAGUGUGGUGUCAAAUCGGAGCAGUUAGACGACGACGACAAUGGCGAUGGGGAUGAGGAUGAUGAGAGUGUGUUAGAUGGGCUGGUGAAGAUUGUCCUGUCGCAGAACACCACCGAUGUCAACUCCCAGAGGGCUUUUGCUUCACUGAAAUCAAGCUUCCCCACAUGGGAAAAUGUUCUUGCUGCUGAACCGAGAUGUAUAGAAGACGCCAUAAGAUGUGGGGGGUUAGCUCCGACAAAAGCUUCUUGCAUCAAGAACAUACUGACUUCCUUGCUCGAGAAGAGGGGCAAAUUAUGCUUGGAGUACUUGCGGGACUUGUCGGUUGAUGAAAUUAAGGCUGAGCUGUCUAACUUCAAAGGGAUUGGUCCCAAGACGGUAGCUUGUGUCUUGAUGUUUAAUCUCCAGCAAGACGAUUUCCCAGUUGACACCCAUGUGUUCGAGAUCGCAAAGAGGAUGGGUUGGGUUCCGUCGGGGGCUGAUAGAAACAAGACAUAUCUGCAUCUUAAUCGACGGAUCCCAGAUGAACUUAAAUUCGACCUGAACUGCCUCCUGUUCACCCAUGGAAAACUCUGCUUUGAGUGCAGUAAAAGAAAGGAGAAACCCCGGAGGAAGGAAUCCCUUCCCAUCAGUUGUCCUCUGUUGAACUACUGUGAGACUUCCGAGCAAGACGCGUUCAAUGAAUCGACGUGAUAGUUUCUGGUCUCUGGCAUCGGCUUAGCCUCUUUGAUGCAUAAUAUUUUGGAUUGGUAGAAAAAAUCAUGUAUCUUAAGGAUGUCCUUGCUGGCUAAUAUUCUGAUGCUUUCUGGGACAACAAGCAAAAGCUGUCUGUUUUAGCACAUUUCGGAGAAAGUGAUGACGAAAAUGAUAUUUCAAGAUGGAAACUUA